CCCUUAGUAUUAUUUAUACCCUAAUCUGUGCAUGAAUUUAAGGGAAAACUCUUCUCAACUUCUCAAACACAAACCAUACAUGGAAACCAGUUUUCUAAGCAGCAAAUGCAUGUAUCAUAACAAGAUCAUGUCUUUCACACCUUUUAUGUCACUAAAAAAAUCAGAUCAUAAUGUUUUCGAGGUAACAAACAAUCAAAAGAUAAUAACUUGCUACCAUGAUAGAUGGUUUGAUCAUUUAGCCAUUAAUCAUCUUUCUAAAAACCUACAAGCUGUAGCAGGUAUUCAAGUAGAGAAGAAAGGCUAUGAUGGUUUGUUGGAGACCUGUAAAGUAGUGACUGUGAAGUUUGAUGCAGUAAAACAAAGGCAACUCAGCUUGGAAAGUCUUAAAAGAUCCAUUCCAGAGAGUUUUUUUUCUUUGUUGAAGGCAUUGGUACCACAUUCUAAGUUUACAAGAGAAUUGCUUGCCAAAUUUACAGCCUUGUUUUUUACUUGGCUAGUUGGACCUUCUGAGUUAAAGGAUUCUGAGUUCAAUGGAGGACGAGAGAAGAACGUGGUGCACGUAAAGAAAUGCAGGUUUUUAGAGAGCUCUAAUUGUGUGGGAAUGUGCACCAAUCUUUGCAAGUUUCCAACUCAAACAUUCAUCAAGGAUUCUUUGGGAAUGCCUGUAACCCUGAUCCCUAAUUUUGAAGACAUGAGUUGUGAUAUGAUAUUCGGCGAGGAACCACCAAGUGCAGAUGCAGAUCCAGCAACAAAACAACCUUGUUAUAAACUAUGUAAAAUCAAUAAGAGUCACACCACUCAAAGGUGCUCCUAGUAUAAUUCCAUGCUACAACCAUGCUAACUUGCGCGGACCUGCAUGCAAAGGGGUUCAGAUCCUGUAGGUCAUAACCUAGUUGUAUUCUGUAAUCUGUACUUUUUAAGAUCAAUAAAAUUGCCUCUCUUUGCA